GGUCAACCAUCAGGAAACCACAUCCGAAUUCCAGACCAGGAGCGAUUCCAAAGCCUCACCAACGCGCUACCAGCCGAAAAAUACCCAGCAGGGUGCCGGCGCGCGCUGCGACGCUCAAUGGGUCCGUCUGGACGCCGCGACAGAUUCGAUGGCGGAUGAUGAUCUGUUGGACAAGGUGCAUAACCUGAGCGACAUAGAGCUUGCCGUCCUGCUCUGUCUUAUAAGCCGGGAGCACUGCUUGAUCAGCACCCCAUCAGAAGCUUUGAACGAUCUAGUUGGCGAGCUUCACUUGAUUGCAACUCGCACUUUCGGUCUCACAUGCGUUACCGUAGACUGCCACGCCAACACCACCCUCGAAGACUUUGCCACCUCGCUCCUCCUUCCUACCCCUUCUUCGCCAUAUGUCCGACCAGGCUCGACGUCGCCUCUGCAAACACGGGGUAAUGACUCGUACUUUCAGUCUCAGUCGGUGGCCACGCCGCCCCUCAUACGCGGCGGCGGCCUGCAGCCUCCGCGCUCGCCCCUGAUCUCGUCGAGCUCUUCUGGUGCAUGCAACGCCACUGGCACCAGCACCACCGCCCUGCCGGGUCCCGGUGCAAUCGCCAACGUCGUUUUGGCCAGGAAUUUGGACCACGCACCGUCGGCAGUGCAGGCCCAGGCGCUCGAGCUACUGCGGACGCGACGCAUCUUCACGCGUACCACGGUGCAGACCGCCCCGAGGCCGUUCUUGUUGGUUGCGGUGGUGGGUGCCGAUUCUGGUGGCCAGGCUCGCGUCAAUCCGCAUCUCAACGACCUGCUGUACAUGGCGCACUGGCAUGAUCCGGAGGAUGGCUUCGUAAACCUGGAGGAGAUGCGAGCUGCCGAGGACAUUGCUACGGAGCCUGUGUUUUCUGAUGCCGAUGUAAGCACGUUGGCCAAAGCCACACAGGAUGUCCAAUUCGACAUCGAAGUGGUACGCUAUCAAAUGAAUAUCGUAUCCUUCCUACGAAUCCAUCGCGCCGUGGAUGGCGGUAUCACCCCCACGGCCACCAAGCACUUCGAACGGCUGAUCAAGUGCUUGGCUCCGUUGCACCGACUGGACUUUGUCACACCUUCCCUGGUGGCCAUGGCAGCCAAAAAGGUCUAUCUGCACCGUAUUAAGAUGGUUAAAGCACAGGCGGAGCGCAGCAUGCAAUGGGGGAGCGAUUUGGCAGCCGUGAAGGCCGUGCUGGAGGAUAUUGGCCCUGAGGACGUUAUCGAAGAUGUAAUUGCAAUGGUUACGCCUCCGGUCUAAGCCGGUGGCCAUAAUAUUAACCCCCCCCCCUCGAUUUCGAACAAGACGUUCAAGGGCAUUGGACGGGGUUUAGUUGCGUGUGGAUUGAAAGCAACUGCUUAGAUUAAUAAUGAGACAUUCCACAUUCCCAUGUCUUGAUAUUUAAAAUAAUCUAGAACUUCCUUUUCGCCA